AUGGAAGGUCCGGAGAGCCUACGACACGAUGUUCCGUUCUCCACUUCUGAGGGAGGAUUCUUCGACAUGGAGCCGUCCAGGGUUGUAACCACGGUGUUCUCGCUUCCGGUGAAGCCCGGGUUGAGCUCAUAUGCUGGCAAACCACAGGAAGCUGCAAACUCCAUUGCUCCUCUGCUAGAGAAGGCUAAAGGUGUUGUUCCCAAGCAGCUUCAGAAAAGAACUCCCCUCAAACUUGGGGCCACUGCUGGUCUAAGACUGAUUGGAGAUGAGAAGUCAGAGCAAAUUCUUGAAGCGGUUCGAGAUCUUGUCCACAGCAAGAGCAAUUUCCAGUACAAACCAGAAUGGAUCAGUGUCCUUGGGGGUUCUCAAGAAGGAUCCAACCUCUGGGUUGCUCUGAACUAUCUUUUGGGGAAGUUAGGAGGGGAUUACUCAAAAACCGUAGGAGUGAUCGAUCUCGGAGGUGGUUCAGUUCAAAUGGCCUAUGCCAUUUCUUCAGAUGCUGCAGAAAACGCUCCUCCAGUCCCUGUCGGCAAAGAUCCUUAUGUUACAAAGGAGUAUCUCAAGGGAAAAGAUUAUAACCUUUAUGUUCACAGUUACUUGCAUUAUGGGCUCCAAGCUUCUCGCGUCGAGAUUCUUAAGACGAAGAAUGGGCAAUUCAGCUCCUGCAUGCUUCGCGGAUUCAAUGGUACAUACAAGUACAACGGCGAGGAGUACGACGCGGCGGCGUCGCCGGAAGGGGCGGACCACGGCAAGUGCGGCGAGGAGGCGGCGGCGGCGCUGGGCCUGGACGCGCCGUGCGAGUCCCGGAACUGCAGCUUCAACGGCGUGUGGAACGGCGGCGGCGGCGCCGGCAUGGCCGACCUCUACGUGGCGUCCUACUUCUACGACAGGGCGGUGCACGGCGGGUUCGUCGUCGACGACGCGCCGAGCGCCGUGACCACCCCGGCGGCGUUCGCGGAGGCGGCGUCGAAGGCCUGCUCGCUGAGCUCCGGCGAGGCCGCGGCCGCGUACCCGGAGGCGUUCGACGUGCAGUUCAUAUGCAUGGACCUGACGUACCAGUACACAUUGCUUACAAAGGGCUUCGGUUUGAAGCCAACUAGGGAGAUGACGCUUGUGAAACAGGUCAAGUAUGGGGAUUGCUACGUGGAGUCGGCGUGGCCGCUGGGUACUGCCAUAGAAGCCUUGUCCUCCCAGAAGAGUCAUCAGUCUGCAUGAUCCAUUUAGCUAUAUCACGCAAGGAUGCCUACAUAUAUGUAUGUGUUCUGAUUCACGUACGUUUGAGCGGUGGAGAAGAUGUUUGGCAGAUUUGAGUAGCAAAUUCAUAACACUGCGCAAUUAAUAACUUAAUAAAAUGGUAUUGUUUGACGGCAAAUUUAUACUGAGCCUUGCAUGGUAGUUACAUACACUGAAAAAUCUUAAUCCUAAUGGGCCUCCAAUCGAAGGCCUUAGGCAAUAGCCCGGGUGGCCAGAGGCCACGUUAUGUUUCACCCAUGGUUACGGGGUUUAAAAUAAACUUCUUACACUAA